CGUUCCGAAUAUGUGCGUCAUGUGGUAGCCGGACACGCCUUCGCAUCUGCACCACGCCUACCGGUCGAGUCGCAUCACCCGCAUAACCCAUCGACAAUGGCAGACCAGGCGGCCGACACUGCUCCUUCAGCAGCCCCAGCUGAAGAGGCACCAAAACCUACUGAAUCUGCUCCCGAUGCCCUUCCACCUGCUCCCGAAUCUACUCAUGAAUCUGCUCCCGCUGAAGCUCCUUUAGCCGAAGCUGCUCCUGCUGCUGCACCUCCUGCACCGGAAUCUCAUGCUGAGGCCGCCGCUGAACCUUCUCCGUCGGAAGCCGCUCCAGCUCCUGCUCCUGCACAAGAUGAAGCUCCUGCUGCUGAACCUGCCGCUGCUGAAGCACCUGCUCCGGCUGAACACGCUUCUGACAGCGAAGAGGAAGACGAUACGGUGGUGCUGUGCAGGCCACUAGGUCGGCCCCGAAUUCAUUUUCGUGUCAGGAGCAAAGAACCCGCCGCUGCUGAGCCUGAGGCUCACAAAGAGGAAGCCGCGCCUACGACGGCUGCUCCCGACGAAGGCCUGCAUGCUCAACAGGAGGCAGCAGAGGCUGCUGCCGAAGCGCCAGCACCAGAAGCCACCCCAGAAGCUGCUGCUAAGGAGGAAUCCGCUCCAGCAGCUGAAGCCCACGCUGAACCUCAAGCCGAAGCCGCUCCAGCGGCCGAACCCCAUACAGACGCCCCAGAAUCCCACGAACAAGCUCCCUCUGCCGAGCCGGAAUGCCACAAAGAGGAAGUGAAACCAACUUGUGCUGCGUCCGAUGAAGCCGCACCUGCCGCCGAGGCACCCGCAGCUGAAGCGCAUGCUGAAGCACCAGCUGCAGAAGCUGCUCCAGAAGCUGCCAAAGAGGAAGCCGCUCCAGCAGCAGAAGCUCCAUCAGAAGCACAUGCCGAAGCCGCCCCUGAAGCCGAAGCUCAUGCAGAAGCCCCCUCAGAAUCACACGCUGAAGCUGCUCCAGAAGCUCAUGCAGAGGCCCCAUCAGAAGCGCACGCCGAAGCUGCCCAUUCUGAGGAAUCUGCCCCAGCGCCAGCACCUGAGGCUCCUCAAGAAGCUCACGCUGAAUCCCAUGCAGAACCCCAAGCCGAAGCCGCACCAGAAUCCCAUGCUGAGGCCGCUCCAGCUGCUGAAUCCGCCCCAGAACCUGCAGCUGAGGCUGCGCAAGAAGCACCUGCUGAAGUGCAAGCCGCACCUCAAACGGAAGCCGCUCCCGAAUCCGCCCCUCAUGAAGAAGCUCACCACGAUGCCCCCGCUGAAGCUCAACCCGAGUCUGCUCCUGCCCCCGCAGCUGAAGCUGAAUCUGCUCCAGCCGCAGAAGCCCACGCCGAAGAACACGCCGAAUCUGCUCCAGCUGCUGAACCUCAAGCCGAAGCCGCACCAGCUCCAGAAGCACCGGCUGAACAUCACGAAGACGCACAUGCUCCCGAACCAGCUGCUGCUGAAGCUCCAGCAGCCGAAUCCGCUCCAGCUCCAGCCGAUGCACCUGCGCCGCCGCCGCCGAACCAGAAAAAGUCGAGGGUGAUUCCGCUCCCGCGGUCGAUGCCGCAGUACAGCAGUCUGCACCAGCUGCUGCCAAUAGGAUCAAAGGAGACGACCAACCAA